AUGGUCGUGAAGAUGGUUCUCCCGGUGAUUUUUUUUUUCCAAGUGUUAUUGUUGGCGUCCUAUUUUAACCAGCCGCAUCAUGCGUAUGACAUCGACGACACUAACGGACUUGGAAGACAAUUUGAUGGUAUUGGCGCGAUAAGUGGUGGCGGGGCUACUUCAAGACUAUUGGUGAGCUAUGCUGAACCAUACAGAUCACAGAUACUAGACUACUUGUUCAAGCCAAAUUUUGGCGCCUCACUACAUAUCUUCAAAGUUGAAAUUGGAGGUGAUGCUCAGAGUUCAGAUGGAAGUGAACCUUCCCAUAUGCAUAGUAGUGACGAUGAGAAUUAUUACCGUGGCUAUGAGUGGUGGUUGAUGAAAGAAGCAAAGAAGCGUAACCCUGAUAUUAAGUUGUACGGUUUACCGUGGACAUUUCCUGGCUGGAUCGGCAAUGGCACAACAUCACCAUAUGCAAAUCCACAAUUAACCGCUUGGUACGUUACGAAAUGGAUUCAAGGAGCCAAGCAAUAUCAUAAUCUGAUGAUUGAUUAUAUCGGGAUUUGGAAUGAAAGAUUAUAUAAUAUUACGUAUGUGGAGACAUUAAGAAAAACUCUAGACAGUAAUGGGUUAAACAAUGUCAAGAUUGUAGCAUCUGAUAGUCAUUGGGGUAUUGUGGAUGAUCUUCUCAAAGACAAAGUAUUUUUUAACACUGUAGAUAUUGUUGGAGUUCAUUAUACUGGUACACUGACUGUCCCUGAUGCAUUGAAAACCAAUAAACCGCUGUGGUCCUCAGAAGACUAUAGUACAUUUAAUGAUAAUGUCGGUGGUGGAUGUUGGGCUAGGCUUUUGAAUCAAAAUUAUGUGAAUGGUCACAUGACAAGCACCAUAUCAUGGAAUUUAAUUGCUAGUUACUAUGACAAAAUAGACUGGGAACGAGAUGGAUUAAUGACAGCCAUUGAGCCAUGGAGUGGUCAUUAUGAGGUCGCUAGCCCUAUCUACGUGACAGCUCACACUUCACAGUUUACGAAGCCAGGAUGGUACUAUUAUCCACAUGGCCACGGUGUUAGUCAUCUUGAUAAAGGUGGCAGUUUUGUUGCUUUAACCAAUAGCAAGGAUCUAACAGUUGUCAUAGAAACCAUGAGUCAUGAUCAUAGUAUCUGUGUUCGUCCACCAUUACCCAAGUACACAGUUGACAAACAGAAUGCAACCUUCCAGUUAAAGGGAUCUUUUGCUGGUAUUACAGAGCUGUUCGUCUGGUAUACCAAAUUAGGAUUCAAUGGAGAUCCAUCUAAAUUCUUUGAAAAGCAAACUCCCAUUAAGGUUGUAAAUGGCACAUUUUCAUUGUUACUUGGCGUGGAUGAAUUAUACACACUAACAACACUAUCAGUCGGACACAAAGGUCAAUAUCCUAACUCGCCUGCAUCUGAACCAUUCCCAUUACCAUAUUCAGAUGAUUUUGAAAAAUAUGCUGAGUUCAGCGAGGCUGACUAUUUUGCUGACCAAUCAGGCGUGUUUGAAAUACGACAGAGUAACGAUCUCGAACAUGGUAAAGUAAUGCGACAGGUGGUACCGCAGCGUCCCGUUGUUUGGUGUAAUGACUCAGAUUCUCCAACAUCAAUAAUUGGUAAUCAUAAUUGGACCAAUGUUAAUGUUUCCUCUGAUAUUUACUUAGAAGACAAGAAUGGAGGAGUGUUACUGGCGUCGAGGGUUAGUUCUGCGGGGUGUAGUAUGAGAAAUGCCAGGGGAGUAUUUCUAUGGCUGUCACCCGGUAAAUAUGAACUCACUACAGAUCAUGAGCGCUGGGAUAAAAUGAAGAGUGGAACAUGUGAAAUGCAGGCACAGAAAUGGUACCGGGCAUCUCUUUAUGUAAAGGAUUCUAAAGUCAUUGCACAUCUGAAUGGUAAAAAGUUGUUUGAUGUUAACAUAGAAGUUGGAUCAUCCAAAGGAUGGGCUGCGAUAGGUACACUCGCUCACAAUUAUGCACAGUUUGACAACUUUAAUAUUGACCCAACAGGAUAA